GAAUUGACCAAACACUCCCUCCUCCCAAUUUCCCAAUUCCAGUACUUUAAGCCAGCUCCUCAUCCCUGCAAAUUUUCUCCACGUGCGCCGAUCGAAUGUAACCUCCCUAACAACUGACGAUGUCUUCGCACGAGCAAGCCCUCGUGUCCCUCCUGUCCCAACUAGCGCUCUCCUUAGAUGGCGCCGUUUUGGGCAUGGCCUUGGCCUACGCCGCCGCGCGCUCCGUUCUCAAGUUCACCGCCACGUCGUCCGCUCUCCGCAAAAUCCGCAGGGCUCCAUCGCUCGAAGUCUCGGACCUCCGCUCAAUCCUGCCUGUCGAAGACUCCUCCUCCGGCCCGUCACAGCAGUCCGAUCAAAUGAUUGUCGUCGUCCGCGGCACCGUUGAGGCCAAAUCCGCCGUCGAUCUCAACUGGAAGAGCUUCAAGCCCAAUGUCUUGGUCUCACAGGAGUCCGGAGACAAAGCCGUUAUCGUUCAAAGGACUCAAACGUGUAUCUACAAUGAAUGGAAGGGCUUUUUUGGCUGGACUUCUGAUCUACGCGCAAUAUUUGCGAGAUCUUGGAGAGAGCAAGAAUCAACCUCAUUAAGAACGGUUCCUUUUGUUCUUGUUGAAGGUUAUGGAUGGCAACAUUCUGAUUUUGUUGUUGUGAACAUGGAUGGCUCAAGACAUCCCCUCCCUCUCACAACAAUUUAUCAUCAACUGCAGCCCAUUAGUGCUUCUCCAUAUACGUUCCUUCAGGCACUUUUUGGUCAUGAAUAUCCUGUUGGCUUGCUUGACGAAGAGAAAAUCCUUCCAUUAGGAAAGGAUAUCACUGCUGUUGGUGUGUUCAGUUUUAAAAAUGGAAUUCCUGAGAUCAAGUCAUGCAAGGAUCUUCCCUACUUUUUGUCUGACAUGACCAAGGAUCAGAUGAUCAUAGAUCUUGCCUUCAGGAGCAAAGUACUUCUGUGGAGUUGUAUUGCUCUCGGUUCACUGUCAAUUGGUGUACUUGGCUAUGCAGUUGUGAGGAAUUGGAAUCGAUGGAAAGAGUGGAGGCAACAAAGACAGCUCCAGCAACCAAGACAGGCCGCAAGUGAUGACGUGCACUCUCGGGUUGCAGCAGAGGAGGAGGAGAUGGGAGAAGUUCCAGAUGGAGAGUUGUGUGUGAUCUGUCUGAUGAGGAGAAGGCGAUCUGCAUUCAUUCCAUGUGGGCAUAUGGUGUGUUGCCAACGCUGCGCCAUCUCAGUUGAACGGGAAUCGACACCCAAGUGUCCUGUCUGUAGGCAGGAAAUACGGAAUUCGUUGCGGAUAUAUGAUUCUUGAGGAGUUUGCUUAUGUGGGACGAGUCUCUGUAUUUGUCAGAUACAUGUAAUUGUUGUUCUCCCCUUGUUCCAGGCUUUAGGGGUUUAAGGAGGUAUAGUUAAAUCUUUUUUUGUGGAAAUAAGUUUAUAGGGAAAUCUGAUGUGAAUAUAUCAAGCAAAGUGAUGCAUAUUGCUUUGCUUGGUUACUGAGAUGUGACUUGUUAGAAUUCUAUAAUAGGUUGAGAAUUGUAAAUUGUGUAAAUUAUACUUUCUUUACCCUUUCUCUGCAACUUUUUGACUAGUGACUUGAAAUCUAAAGAAUGGGUUUUGGGAUUAA